UUCGACUAGUUCUAUGCGCUGCUUUUCUGAUCCCCGUCUUAUUGGCCGAUCAGCAACAUCAUCCGUGUUCUGAGAACUAAACACCAAGUAUCACUCGCAUCACAACUGGCACCCUGUUGAGUUUGGUCAUUUACUGAAAGGUGAUGUUUAUGUAUACAUGGGUCUUCAUUUGCUGCCAGACCCUUUCUGAUCCAGUCUUUCAAAAUGCCGGCUCCGGACAACAUCUACGAGAAUGACGUUGACUUCACCACCCUGGCAUUGCAGUAUCCCCAGUUUGCUAAGAAAUUAAAACCAAAUGGCCAACUCGACUUCUCCGACCCAGAAAGUGUCAGACAACUGACCAAAUCCCUCCUACAUCGAGACUUUGAUUUGGCCAUUGAUUUGCCUGAAGACAGGCUGUGUCCUCCAGUUCCCAACCGAUUCAACUAUAUUCUCUUCAUUCAGCGACUGCUAGACGACACGUCACCGGACUGGCACGAAGGAUAUGAUCCUAACCGGUCGGUAAUCGGUCUCGAUAUCGGCACAGGUUCCUCAGCAAUAUAUCCGCUCCUCGCAUGUCGACAACGGCCGGCAUGGCGAUUCCUUGCGACCGACAUCGACGAGAAGAAUCGCACCUACGCGCUUCAAAACAUUGCGGCGAAUAGUCUCGAAGCGAGGAUAAAGUUGUUGGACACAGACCCGACUGGUCAAACACUGAUUCCUGUCGAAGAAAUUGUACGGAUGGGCAUUGAGCGGAUCGACACCGUCAUGACCAACCCACCAUUCUACCCAUCUUCUGAAUCACUGUUAGAGUCAGCGCACAAGAAGUCGCGGCCCCCAAACUCGUCGUGCACCGGCGCACCAAUCGAGAUGAUCACACCAGGCGGCGAAGUGGCGUUCGUGUCGCAGCUGAUUGACGAAAGUUAUAGCUUGUCCUUGUCCAAAGCACGACAAGAGACCUCAGGCCGGCGGCUUCAAAUUCAGUGGUUCAGCUCGAUGCUCGGCAAAUUAUCCAGCGUUUCCGACAUUGUGGAAGCCCUGAAAUCUCGUGAUUGCACCAAUUUCGCCGUCACCGAGUUCGUCCAGGGGAGUCAAGCCCCGAAGAAGGCAAAAACUCGCAGAUGGUGCGUCGCAUGGAGUUGGAUGGGAUUUCGUCCUGGUGUCAAUGUCGCCAGGGGUGUUUCGGGUAGUAGUGGCGUUGAGAAACGACUACUUCCCGCGCCGACAGAAUAUGAUUUCGAAGUCGAAGUCGCGGCAGCAGAUACGGACACAGACGUUGGGGCUGUGGAGCGUAAAUUGAACCAGGAAAUGGCUAAGUUGGAUUCCAUCAAGUGGAGAUAUCUGUCCGAAAGACGGGUCGGAAUGUUCCUUAGCCCCCAGGGGGACGUAUGGAGUCGCAAAGCAAGACGGAAGAAGCAGCAGCAACAGACGCAGCAGGCACAGAGUCAAACACAAGUCCAUCAGACGACGACUACCAACAAGGACAAGACCAGAGCCAGGGGCAACCCCGAAGAUCCCGAAGCUGACCAAGAUGAAGAAAUGACGAAUCGUGGUCAAGUCAGUAAUGAUCAGGCCGAGGACGAAGGCAAAGACCACGAAGAUGAAGAAGAUGAGGAGCCUGCUCUUGUCGUUCGUAUCUCUGUCAUACCGCCGAUCAUUCCAUCCACCACUUCCACGGCCAGCACAAGUAAAAACACAAAAGUCCAUAUCCAUAUCCGGCAUCUCCACGGCCAGGAACCUGUCCUAUUCGAGAGUUUCUGCGGCUGGCUCAAGAGGAAGAUGACGACGACAUGAUAACAACUUGGUCGACUAGCACGGCACUGCUGUGCAACUACGACUGCUUCGCAGAUCAAAUACUCAAAAACAUUAAAAUCAGUACCUGUCAUCAUCCACCCAACUUCAAGGUCUCUAGCACAGGCAGACAGUUAGAAAGACAAACGAACACUUGGUUGGCUCGAGCAGCUUCUCCUCGAGUGGAAAAUACCCCAACCCGAAUUGGUUCCAUUGAACCCACCAACAUGAUGUUUGCCAAAUUGAGAACUCGAACUCGACGACAACUGCUGUGAAUAGAAUCAUUGAAAACAACCAGAAACAGAACUCACGACAGGUGAAAUGCAAGUCGGACUCUGAUUGAACUAUCAAAACACAACCCGACGCACGAGAGUUGUCUUGUUUGUCCCUGUUCUUCCAAUCUCCUUGCGCCGCGAAACAGAGCUGUGAGAAACGAACAAGCAGGCCGUGUCCGCCCAUGUAUGUACAUACCAUACAGCACUAGUACAGAGCUCAAGAGAGAGUCAAAGCAAAACAAACAGGUUCGCUUGCCGUGCCGCCC